AUGAACACAAACGAAACUUCGACAUCAGACACGGUUGCAGAAGCGCUUUUCAAUGACACAAAGUAAGUUGGCAAGGCGGGAGCGAGCAUCUCAUUAGGCUAAUUCAUAUUUGUAAUGGGAGUAGGGGGUGUUAGCAUGCCACCAGAAACAUAUGAGUAUCUUCUGCAAGUACGUUCUUUUACGUGAAAAGGGUACAAACGUUUUGCGGAAUUUGGAACAAAGAGCACACAUACAGAACAUAUUCUUGUUCUUUGCUUCCUUUCGGUUCAGCUGCAGACUCCGACCUGACUCUUCUGUCCAGUUCUGACUUACGAGUGAAAAAAAGGUAAAACCUAAAAAAAGAGACGACAAGUUCAAUGAACAUUCACCCGAAAUAUCCGUUCUUUCCCGUCUUUUUUUCAUCCCGGAACUUAUUUCUAUGUACUUUUGAACUAGGAUCUCUUAUAAAUUAUGGAUUUCGAUUUGAAAAGCGAGUAGUAAACGUUCAAGAUGAUUUCGAUGAAAUCCCGACUCAAGAGUCAAUUGACUGGUUCAUAUUCCCACACUUGAGACAUGAUUUCCAGUACUCCCAAUCGAAGUGAUUGUGUGAAACUGUGAAGUGAUCUCUCUGCUGGGCACCAACAUACGUGCAAAUAACACAUUUCCGUCAAGUGUUUUUCUAUACUUUUUGUUUCUUCUUUCUUCUCUUUCCUUCCUAAGACCUGAAGAUGCUUCCUGUGUUCCUCGUGCUUCUUUCUAAUCGCAUUUUCUGCUGUCCGGAACGAAUGCAACGUUUCCUGAGUUAAUUUUUUGUCUGUUCUUUGGUAUGCACUAAAAUAAUGCCUUUAUUUAUCCAAACUUCAGCGAAACCCAGACAUGAACCUUGUUUUUUUUCUUCUACUUCGUGAACCUCUAGGACAAAAUUCUCGCAAAAAGAUUCAAUUUCUAAACACGAAACAGCUGAAUGGAAUGCGAAAAACGCACCUCUUCCUUUUGAAUGGCCCAAGAUGAAACAUUUUUGCUCGUUUCUCGACACUUCAUGUGGAAGUUGACGCUUUAGUGUUGAGUUUAGUUGCGAACAUUACUUUUUUGCUGCUCUGUUCAUUGGGAGCUGCGAGCAAGAGCAAAAGUACUUGAAACACACAGAAACAAUCAAAUACUCUAGUGCUCGGCGCUUUUGUGACUAACCUCGCCGAUCCAAGCUCAGAGCUGGAGAAAAAAGGGAAGAUUUCAGGUUUGGCUCGACUAGAAAUUGCAUUAUUCUAGGAGAAAAGGAAAGAAAAUGCGAAUCUGAUUUGGUAGGCUCGGCUGUCUGAAAUUUGUUCUGGAAGGGAAACCCAGUGAACUUCUCGCAAGUGGUUUGUGUAUGUGUGUGGUUCUUUCUCUCAAAGUGAUUUUUGUAUAAAGACGCACGAAAUUCGACACAUGUUCGCUUGUUUACUUGUCCCUACAGUCAAAGGAAAACGAGCGUAAUGACCAAAAACCUGACCCACCCACACCUCUUACGCGGAAAUGUUCAAAAACCCGCAGAUUUCAUGACAAACCGAAACAUGCGAACUAACUAGUGCAACAUUCAUAAGCUCACUGAAAGUUCCGGAAGCAGCCAUCUUUCUCAUCUUUUUUGUUUACCCCAAGAUCUACUAGAAAUAGGGGGAAGGUAUGAAAAAGUUAUCCACCCAAUAACUGUGCACAUUCUCGGCAUUAGCAUGCCAUCAAUCCUUAGCCGAGGAGAACCUCCUUUGUUGUUUUUUCUCCUCUUUUGCAUGGUCCUGUUACUCACUUAACUCAACGUUAGUGUGUUUUAUUUCGCCCGUUAAAUUUGAUUUGUCUCUGGAAUUUUACAUCUUCUUGAGCAGGGAGUAAGUGAGGAAAAAGAAGGAAAUCGUGACCGAUAUCCUGUUUUGGCGGCAUUACUCCUUAGAGUACGCUAUCCAAGUUGUGGUGGCCCCAACCGCUCCCAAAUAUUGUUCCUUUUUGCAUCUCACUCUCUUCUCCACGGGUAUCCCACCAAAACCUACAACUUUCAUUUAUAAUUCAUGUUUCUAGUAGGUUUGAACAAAAAAGAUCAUUGCCACCCACACUUGGUUCAUAUUAGUAAGUUCUUUGUGCUUUUUGUGCUCCGUCUAGUUCCUGUAAAGUUCUAAGCAAUUUAGGUUAGCUACCGUACAUCGAACGCAUAUCCGUUCGGAAAUCUUGCCGCUAGAACAACAAAGUAGCACGGAUUUCCAUUAACUUGCCAAAUCAGCUCACACAAUCUAAUUAGACUUGCAUACAUCCAAAGACGAAUCUUGAAUGAGUCAGUCACGUGUUGGGGCAACGAUCGGAGAACGAUAAUACUUGCUCAUCGAGCAUUGCAUAUGUACAAGACCACUGAGAAUUGUCUGAAUGCCACGUCAGCCCCACUCCCCAACGAUGUCUCAUGAAUCCGUUAUUUGACGUCAUCUUUUUCUGCAUCUUAGGAAGACCUAAAAUUGUGACGCUUGCUGGCUCUUCCUGAAAAUAAAUAAUGUGCACCCGUCGCAGAGAUCACGUUUGUGACCUCGUGUUUUUGAACAUUUGGUCAUGAAUUGCUCUAAAUUUCAUCUGCCUUAUAAAAAUUCAUUUUUUUUUCAUAUUCCUGCAUACUGCCGUUCUUUUACACUAUUUUUUCGACAAAUUGAAAAUAUUGGUUGUGUUACAAAUUCCAACAUGACGUAGACUUGUCGAACAUUGGCCAGGCUGAUUUUUGAGAUCAUUUUCAACUUUUGUACUGAAACGCAGGCCGGACUGGCUCCCGACAAGUCUGAUCUUCCUCCUUGAAGAGCCACGUGCUCGGAUGUGCGUGCACGCAAGGAAAUCUUUCAUUUUCGUCACAAAACGGCCUGAGAAAUGUGCAACUGCACUCAUUCGGAAUGAAAUUUCAUUCUCAUUCAUCACUCGAUUCCCAGGACUAAUUCAAUGGAAUUCGAGAAAUAAGAUCGUCUGGAUUCGGACUGGAAAGCUAAGAAUGGGUUCGAAGGCAACCAAAAAAAGGGGAAAUACUUCAGAAUAUCCCGUGGAGGGCACAAAUAUCCUCUAUUUACUCUAUUCUUGACUAUCAAGUGCUGAAAAUGUCUGAAGGCAAUUGAGUCAUGGAACGGACAGAGGACAUGCCUAGGGAGACGAACAAUUUCAGUCGGGUGGCUUGCAGAGCAUUAUUAUACAUACAAAUAUAUUGUUUUUGAAAACAACGUGGGGGAUUAUGCUUCGAUUAUUAUUAUGAUUGAAUGAAUAGUUUUUCACUACUCCUCAUCUCUUCCUCAUCUGGAAAUUGUUUUCUCACCUUUGAAAACCAAAUUGAACUUGAUGAGCUUUCGAUGACUCUUCCACCGGCUCUGCAAUAGCUUCCAAAACAACAUGUUUUUCAUCUUCAUUCCGUGUCUCUGUUUCAUGCCGUCUUUCUGAACUAUACCCCCAUUUCUUCCGGUUCAUAAUAUGCCCCGCAUCCGAUUUUUCUUUGCGUUUCUUUUCGUCUUCGGUAAGACAUUGCAAGAAGAAGAAGAAGAAGAAGAAGAAGAAGGAAAGAAGGUUCUUGGCAUAGGCAGAAAAAGAACAAGGAACGGCUGUGUUUCGGAUGAAGAUGGAAAAUAAAAUAAUUGAAUUAUGGACAGAAUCUUGGUUCUUCUCUGAGCGACUCCACGCCUACUCUUCCUCAUAAGUGUGUGGGCCAAAUGCCAAACCUGCUCGCUUGAGCGCGCUUCCUUCCUUUCCAAAAAGUUUUAUUCUUUUCAAUUGAACUUCUUCUCCUUUCCUACGCCCUGCCUUUUUUGUCAUAUUCCUUCUUUUCGCCCCGUCCACCUUGACAUCAUGUCUGCUGCCUGAACUCAAGUACACAAUGCUCGUCGCCCCGCGUUAUUAUUUUUAGAAAACAUAUGCCAUCCCAGAAUGGUCCGUUCUCCUGAAACAUUGAAAGUUGAAAACAAAACAAUAAUCAUUUCUCAUUUUUCAUUUGAGAUCAGCCUCAAUUAUCUGUGUUCUGCUCCCGCUCCCCCGGCUUUCUCAAAUGUCACCGAGACAAUGCGUUCAUUUCUUAUUUUUGUGUACCAAAGAUGGCGUAACGGAAGCUAUUAUGGUUGCUUCAGUCUUUUUGAAAAAUCACCUACAUCAUGUUGGCGUGGCCACUUUUCGUAGGAAGCAUCUUAGUUCGAACAUUUUCAUAAAUCAUCUUUUUUAGCCGAAAAGCAGUAAACAAAUACAGCCAAGUCACUUUUCGCGAGCAAGAUUUUGAUCAUUAAUCAGUAUGAGAUGCUCAUAAGCGUUCAGUGCUUUUGUCUUUUUGAUGCUCUUCUUUUUCACUUUUCAUCCCACGUCAGUACACCCCAAAAAGGGAAAAAGAGACGUUGUGAAUUACGAAUAAAGACUCCGCCCAUACUCUCGUCCCGUCUGUUCUCCCCUUUUUCUUUUUUUUUUGCAGUAGAAUUUAAGAGAAGCGUUUUCAUCCCCCUUUUCUUUGAAUCAUUCAGUUUCUCAGUCACUUGUACUUUCUUGUGCCGUUCUUUUAUCGUUUCCUGUGUGACGUGUUGUUUGCCGGCUAUCGGUUUCGCCACAUUUCCCACACGAGCAGGUCUCUGAUCGACUUUUGAAUAAAUUUUUGUGCGCCUCCCAUGCCACACUUCCCUGUACUUUCCUCUUUCUAUUCUGUAAAUAUUUCCUCAUACAUUUUUUUCAGCGUGGAUCCCGGCAUGACACCUUCUAAUCACUGCAUUGAUAUCCGUGCUUACUUGUGGCAAACGAAACACGAUCUGACACUUCAUCCACUUCCAAUCGCCAUCCUUGCCACCAUCUACACAAUUAUUGUCGUGUAAGUUUUUAAAAAAUGUGCGAAAUGGAUAUGAUCGUGUCGUGAGCGAAAGUGAGUGAAAUACAAUAUUCUUUACGCCUAAAAGCAGGCCAGACUCAAAAGGGUCACAAUUUAUCAACAUGUGACAUAGAUCCUCUCCAUAUUCAAUGUCACCAUUGCUCAUUCAUUGUAGCCGACCGAACCGGCGCCAGAAUUGUUCGGAAAUGAUUCAAUUAGAUUGUCAGCUUCUUUGGGGGCUUGUUCACUUCGCCCUCCACGAAUUUCAUUAACACAACAGUAGGUCCUCGCAGAGACAGCCAAAACUCAAUUAUCUUCUGGAAAGCACCAGAUGAGUAGCUGGUGCAUCUUCACUCCGUUCUUGUUGUUUGAUCUCAUAAGGAAGGCUUGCACAACUUCUAAUUCUGCUGCUCGAAAUGCUCCGCUUGAUCGGGAUAUUAGGAUCAGACUAACCGUGUUUACUCAGCGAUAUUGCGGAAUGUUCAUUGCUGUUUCUGCCCUUUUUUUUGCAUUCAAUUGCACUCAAAAAUCAGAGUACUCUCACCCGUAGACAAGUGUGGGCUGAGAGUAGAUCAGCGAUCUAUCAUGAAACGAAACGGAUAAGGUUAUCAUUAACUAUAGUGAGAAGAUGUCAAGUGACACUUAGCACAUGCAUACGUAUUGCAUGCUAAGUACUGGUGUGUUGCGCCCAAAACGGAAUCCAAUUAACUCAAAGACGUAACUCUAGAUCCCACUCAAAAUGUUUGUUCAUUUGUUCUUCCGGAAACAGAGGUCAAGACGCGACGGCAGACACAAUUUUCUUUUCGGAGAUCAUAGAUGAGCGGUCUCAUAUGAAGAGGGAAAAAACCAACUAAAACCUUCCAAGUGCUUUUUUUCAGUUUUUCAUCACUAAGGGAAUUGCAGGGUCGGAGUGACGGGUAAUCUGUUGGUCGUGAUGUCGGUGGUACGAUUCAAAGCGCUCCAAUCUGUGCGGAACAUGUUCAUCGUGUCACUCUCCAUCUCAGAUAUCUUUGUGGCGAUUGUCAGUGGUUCAGUGACACCUAUCACGGCGUUCUCAAAGGUUUGGCUGUUUGGCGCGCCGUUAUGUCACUUCUUGCCGUUGCUACAGGUAGGUAUUUGAUACAAAGUCAGUUUGAAACAAAAGUGGAAAGAGAUUUAGGGUACUGCUCUCAGUUUUUCAACAUUAACGCUCACAGCAAUUGCGAUCGACAGAUAUAUUCUCAUAUGUCAUCCAACCAAAGAGUAAGGAGAUGGUGAAAAUCACGGAAACGGAAUUUGUUCUCUUUCAGACCAAUCAGGAAAGAUCAAGCGCUAAAAAUGAUAAUCUUCAACAUUAGCAUAUCUGUCGGACUUUCCGUCCCUCUUUUCAUGAAGCAAGAGCUCGUUCAGUACAGAAACUUCUGCGGAGAGUACUGCACAGAAAACUGGGGUCCGGAUGCCUACCUGAGAAGUAUUUACGGUAAGCAAGAUUUGUAGGAAAUUUCUCUUCUCAACUCCCACGCUUUUUUUAGGAACCGUCGUGUUUGUCAUCCAAUUUGUGAUUCCACUUAUCACAAUCACUUUCUGCUACGCUUCCAUUUCCAUCAAACUGCGUCGCGGAGUGUUCGUUCGUGGGAGCCAGAAAGAACUCAUGUCGGAAGCUCGCCGUCAGCUCACUCAACGACGACUUCGAACCAACCGGAUGCUGAUUAUCAUGGUAUGUUACUUUUAUUUCCAAACUUAUACUUAUCUGAAUAAUAAUGGGCUUCUAUUCGCAAAAGAGUCACCGCAAUGAUCUGCUUUUGAGCGAGAUGAUAAAGGAUUUGUGGUCAGAUUGUUUACAGCUGAACUAUUUGCAAAAAUCAGAGAACAGAGGGAUAUUUCCUGAUUUCAGACGGCAACAUUUGCGCUUUCUUGGUUGCCAGCGGUCGGAUUCAACUUCCUCAGGGACUAUUCGGCACUUCCGCGAAUUAUAAAUGACCAGGACUAUUUGUUUGGAAUAAUUUUCCAUUGCAUUUCAAUGACGUGA